GGCGAGGCCGCCGCCUGUCAGUGAGCGGGGCGCCGCUGAGGAGGCCUGAGGUGUCGCCGGGCCGCAGCGGUAGUGACUCUCUGAACCUGUGAAAUGGCAGUGAUGGGCAUUACAUCCCAAGGAGCUCCUGAUCCAGCUGUCAAGCACAAGAAGGAGCUCACACCUACGAAGGGGCUGAAUGAGACAGUGAGUGAAAAGCAGAGCAGCGUUUGCAAAGUAGAAGACUCGAAGAAGGUCAUCUUUCACAGUCAGUGGAAAAUCCUGAGUGAUGUAAUCACCAAAGGAACAGCAAAAGAAGAAACAGAAGGAGGCUGUGCAUCAAUUUCUAUUAUUGCCCAAGCAGAAUGUGAAAACAGUCAGGAGUUCAGCCCCACCUUAUCAGAGAGGUCCUUUAUUGCUCAUAGUAAGCGUUACAGCCGGUCGGACAGUCUCGAUCAGAUCCCUAACAAUGUGGCCCACGCGACGGAGGGGAAGAUGGCACCUACCUGUUGGAGAGGGAGGCAUCGCGGCAAGACGAAAAAGAAACGUCGCAAGAAGAGAUCCAAGCUGAAAGGGCAAACGGUGGCUGCUGGCAGGCGAGGUCCCCGAACUCCAGAACAGGAGAGCUGCACCCCAAUUCCUGUCCAGGAGGAUGAAUCACACCAAACUACUCUUUACAGAAACAGUUUUUGGGAUUCAGAAUUUAACAAGGACUCGGUCUAUGAUCCACUGCCAUUUGAGAAACCUGAGAAGGUUCUGUCCACGGGCAAACUCCACUCCCCGAGGAGCCAGUACAAAACAGAACUGCACAAGCUGAUAAGCCCUAUUCAGUGCCUUAAUCAUGUUUGGAAACCGCACUAUCAGAGGGACAGUGUUCCACAACCUGAAACUCUCCAUCCUUUUCCCUUCAACAUCUUUCCCCCCCACUUCCCACAUCCGGACAGUCCCCUCCACGCCGUGAAACAUCAUGCUCUGGAGACCUACUUCCACGGUGACCUCAACUAUCAAGACAGUGAGCAUCGCUUAUCAGGCCUGAACUUAGAAUAUAGCUUCCCCAAAUGUGUCAACCAGUCCUUGAAAACCAGUUCAGACAAGACUUCUGUGGAAGAAUACUUAGCAGAUGUCUUGAAGGGGAGCGUGAGUCUUGGUGAACCCCAGCAUUUAGCCAGCCUAGCCAAGACGUGGAGAGGAGGUGGUCUGGACCCGAAGGAACAGUUUCAUGAAGCAGAUGAAAAUGAAGGCGUGCUGCUUAAUGAGAAACUAAAGCCGGUGGAUUACGAGUACCGAGAAGAGGUUCAUUGGACCAAGUGUCACGGUUCUUUGGGCGUUGGCUCUUUUGGAGAAGUCUACAAAAUAGAGGACAAACAGACGGGGUUCCAGUGUGCUGCCAAAAAGGUGCAAGUUGACCACUUCCGUGCAGAGGAGCUGACGACGUGCGCUGCGAUAACAAGUCCUAAAGUUGUCCCCUUGUACGGAGCUGUGAAGGAGGGACCUUGGGUGACCAUCUUCAUGAAGCUGAUGGAGGGUGGCUCACUAGGUCAGCUAAUUAAACAGAGUGGCUGCCUGCCAGAGGACAGAGCCCUCAGUUAUUUGGGCCAGGCGUUGGAGGGCUUGGAGUAUCUUCAUGCUCAAAACAUUCUCCAUGGAGAUGUAAAAGCGGAGAACGUGCUCUUGUCUGAUGAUGGGAGCAGGGCCCUCCUGUGUGACUUCGGUCACUCCGCUCACCUGCAUCCGGACGGCCUGGGAAAGUGCUUGGUCACAGGGAACUACGUGCCUGGCACAGAGACUCACAUGGCCCCGGAGGUGGUGAUGGGCAAGCGCUGUGACUCCAAGGUGGACGUCUGGAGCAGCUGCUGCAUGAUGCUGCACAUGCUCAACGGGUGCCACCCUUGGACCCAGUAUUACAAUCACCCGCUCUGUCUGAAGAUAGCUAAAGAGCCACCUCCUCUGAGGGAAAUUCCACCUUCCUGCAACCCUCUCACUGCCGAGAUUAUUAAAAUGGGCCUGGAGAAGGAGCCAGUUCAGAGAGCAUCUGCCUCUGAACUUAAAACUAAGACCAGCGUGGCGCUUGAAGAAGUGGGAGGCGUGACAAGCCCCUGGAAAGGCGAAUACCGAGAGCCUAGACAUUUAUCUUUGAACAAAGAAAACAAUCCACAAACGUCCCUGUCCCCCACAGUGAGCCCAGUUUCUGAGACAGGUUCUCACCAAAAAUUGGCAGUCAAGGUUUCUGGUGCAAGCCCGGUCCCACCACCCCCUCCAUCUCUGGAGCAAACGGAGGAGGUGGAGGGGACCCCUUGGAACGCCUGCAAGGAGUUACCUGAGACCUGGGAUCCUCCACCUCUGUCCUCAACCCCUCUCCCUCUGAAGAGCUGUGGCCACGUGGAGAAAGCAACAACCAUUUCAGAGCAAGAGCUUCAGCAGCUGGAAAUAGAACUGUUUUUGAACAGCCUUUCCCAGCCUUACUCGCUGGAAGAGCAAGAACAAAUGCUUUCCUGUCUCAGCAUCGACAGCCCCUUUGUCUCAGAUGCCAGUGAGAAGAACUCCAUGAAGGCUUCUCACAGCUUGAGGGACACUAUGAGCUCUGGGAUUCAUUCCUGGAACAGCCAGGCAGAUGGACAGAGCUUCAGCUGGAACAACCUGCUGAACCGCAGUCGGCACACGGACACUCCCAGCUACUUCAAUGGAGUGAAAAUCCAGAUCCAGUUGCUAAGUGGAGAAAAUCUACACAUCAGGGACUUCCACAGGACGAAGGUGGGAGACAUCGCCACUGGGAUAAGCAGCCAGAUACCAGUCCCUGCUUUCAGCCUGGUGACUAAGGAAGGCCAACCAGUUCACUACGACAUGGAGGUCCCCGACUCCGGCAUCGAGCUGCAGUGCACCCUCGCCCCUGACUGCAGCGUCAGCUGGACAUGGCGAGUCAAACACGGUCAGCUGGAGAACAGGCCGUGAAGCCGUUCCUGUUUUGGAGGUUUUUACCUUGUUGAAAGAAGGAAUUGCAAAAGCUUCUGACCACCCCUGCCAUGGAGCACCAAGUGCAGUUGCUGGUGUUUUGUGCUGACGUAGGAUAGCGGUUCAGCAGCUCACUGCUCCCGGGCCUCACCUCUCUUGCCUGUUCUGAUCCAGUUCCAAGACACGUCCUGAGCUUAGAUGUUCCCCAGAACAGUGGGAAUUACUCGUUUUGGGUGUGAGUGUUAAGCUGAGCUUGAGAACGGUGGGUGGAAAUUCCUGCUUUUCAGAGGAAUGUGAUUGUGCUUUUCAGGAGAACAGGGGGAUUGGAUGGGAGCUCCUGGGGCUCAGCCUCCUGGGAGAAGACAGUAGCUGCUGGGCUUGCCCAAGGGAGGAGGUUGAGUAUCUUUGGUGCAGCUGUGGUUGUUUGUGCCAAGGGGAGCUGGCUGACUUCCUUCUCGCUGGAGGGAAGGCAACGUUUCUGUAGGCUUUGGGUAACAUCAGCUCUACCUCAAGCCUUUUGCACGGGGAAAAUCGACAGCAGUCAGUAGCUGGGUUCUUGGUUUCACCUCCCACCCUUCCCCGCAGACGCUUCCUUCUUGAAUCAGAAAAGAACUUAGUUCCCAGAAAGAGCUUUGCUUGCAGCUCUCCUCUUCAGGUCUCCUCCCCGGCUUUGGGGCCGGUGCUCUCUCUCCAGGGUCUGGCAGGUAGGGCAGGAGGAGGGCACGGUGUUCCUCACCAUGGGGCAGGGUGGAAGGGUGGUGUUUCUCCAUCCUCUUUCCAUGGCUGACUCGGGACUUGAUGUGAAGGGUCCCAUCCAGGCAGCUCCCCCUGGAGGGGGAAGGGACGGUGGCUCGUUCAGCUCGGAAAAAGUCUGAAUUUUGCUGCAGGGUUUAUAAAAUCUCUCUCCUGGCUACGGAUCCGUCCCCUGGGCUGGAGUUGCCCCGGUGGUGUGGGGGGUGUUAGCUCAGCCUGGCUCCACCAGUGCUCCCGACCGGCACGAGGCUUCGGACCCCCUACCUCAACCUGUGCUGAAGGAGUGGGAUGGGCAGCUGGGCCCAGAGUGCCUUAAGCUUUGAAUUUUAUUCUAUUUUUUUGUACUGAUUUGUGAGUUUUUUGGUAUACACUGAAACUGUAUGGGUCGAGUUUAGAUGGGCAGGUGUUGUUAGCCCUUCUGUAACCCAGAAGAAAAACCACCAGAGGGAGGUGUCAGCUCUGAGUGUGGUUCUCCAGGACUGCUCCAAGUCCUGGCACGCCGUCCACGCUGUGCUGUGGCUCUGCCAGAGUGCCCUGAACGUUGGUGGCCUCUGGGCAGGAGCUAUCAGCAUCCAGGCUGAAGAGACAAACAGCUCCCAAAAAGCAGGGUAGGCCCUGCCGGACCCGCUGGUUCUGGGGGACACAACGGGGGCAGGAGUUAUUUGCAGCUUUUUCAAGUGAAAUUCACUUAGAAAACAGCUGGGGAAAGUUAUAUUCUGAGGACCAGGGCUCCUCAAGCAACUGAUGCACUUUCCCUUUGGUCUCCCAGAACAUGGGCUGGUUUCGAUACGGCAGCGACAGCCCCAAGCAGGAACCCCGAGUUGUGAUGUAAUAAACAAGUGUAACUCUUGAAGAAAAAAUUAAACCCGCUACCACUAUGGGUAUAGUUCUUAUAGCACUUUUUGUUCUAAAGCACUUAAAACGUUGUCCAAAACAGGCACGUAAUUAUAUUUGAAAAACCACAUUAAGAGCCUUUUUAGUAAACAAUUAGCACAUUACGCACAUCUCUUCCAGGAAGGAGUGGGGGGAGUGGGUAGGUUGGCUUGAUUUUUUUUGGUUUUUCUCAGAUGCCAUAAACUGCAAAGAGUUGUAGGCUCUGGAGCAGGAGGGAUCCAGAUGCCUUCCUGGGAGCUCCCAGGCACAUCUCCAGUGCCCUGACCCAUCUCCCCGGGCCUGGUGCCCUUCCUGGGCUUCCUCUGAGGGGGGGGCAGGAGAAAAACCUGUUGGUUGUUUGUAAGAAGAGCCUGUUGGUGACGUGUGGGUGUGACACGCCGCUGGUGGCCGUGUGUCUGUUCCCUUCCCAAGGGCUGUGUCGUGGCUUUCGCUGUUGCCUGUACUGGUGCAGGGGUCUGGUGGACUGGUGGUGGACUGGGGUGCUGCUGGGCAGGAGGCAGCAGCCCUCCCUUCACGGGGCUGUGAGCUUUGCACUUCAGUGAGAGCAUUAAUCUUAUCUCAGGCCCCCAACGCCGGGGGGUGACGGGCAGUGAAACCCUGGUGCCCCCAGAGUGUCUUUGUUGGGCAGAGGGAGGGGGCCGUGUCCUCCUGUUCCCACCAGCAUUACCCGGGGUCUCCAUCCCCCUCCUGCUGUCCCAAACCUUCCGUCCUAUUUGGCUGCCACCUCAGGUGAAGCAGGGAGGGUGCAGAUCCCCACCCACCAACCCUUUUUGGUGACAGCCAGCCCGAGGACAGGACAGACGCUUGGGCCAAUUCCACUGGUGCUUCCUUCCUGUCCUGAAACGUGGUUCUGCUCCCAGCAGCAUCCCCAGGGAUCUCAUGGGAGUGCUACCUCCCAGCUCGGGGAUCUCCUCGACUCCCUCCUACUGCUGGGGACAAUUUCCUUUUAAUUCAGCUGGUCUUUUUUGCUGUGACAGGAAUAAAAAAUUCAGUUGCAAAUCAAGGCUGGUUCUUCAGUACUCGGAGAAGAGAAAAUCAGGAAAGCUUUGUUAUCCCCAUUAAAAAUUUGGCUGAAUCCAUGUGUAAUAACAGAGUCUGUAGGACAGAACCCCCAGAUCGGGGUAGGGAGGACAAACAGCAGCAGGAGUGAGAAACACAGAUGGUUCAUGUCGUGUGGAUCCUUCCCAAAGUUGGGAAAAAUGACUGUUGGCAAAGGGCUGGGAAGCCGGGGGUCUGACGGGGGGGGCAGUGCUGGCGUGGGUGAAGGUGACAGGAUGAUGAGCCUGUGUUGAACGAAUGACACUUUACAAAACUGUGAGUUCUUGAAAUGAACAUUGUUGACCUGCAUUUUCACAGGGAAAAAAAAAAAUAAA